CCCGCCUCCGGCUCUCAUGUGGCUAUCCACUCCGCAGUGACCAUCAGGCAGGCAGCAGCAACCAGAGCUCAACCGUAGGGAGCUGCUGGCGGAGUGGGAAGGAUCCCCACUACCAUGAGCUUCAGAUCUGGUGGGUUCUGAGGCCCAUGAGAACAGAGCGCCACCUUUCAUUUGCUGGGGAUCCCCUGCUCCGAAGCGUAGUCAACUGCCGGGCAGAAACGGAGUGAAAUAGGACCGCAGCACAGGGCCACCUGUCUACCGAUCGGGCCGCGGAGAGAGGCAGCUUGACCUAAAGCGCCGCUUGGAGGAUCCGAUGGAGUCGAGCUCCGGGCCGCCACCGCCACCUCAGCAGCCGCGAGCCGACAGCCGCCAUCGCCUUGGGCCUCCACUCGUCACCACCAUGGCCGAGGACGAGUCUGCCUCCACGCCUUACACCGAAGACGAUUUCUACUGUCCGAUCUGUCAAGAAGUCUUCAAGACGCCGGUUCGGGUCGCGGCCUGUCAGCACGUUUUCUGCAGAAAAUGUUUCCUGACUGCAAUGAAGGAGAGCCGGAUCCAUUGCCCCCUGUGCCGUGGCAAUGUGACUAGAAGAGAGAGAGCGUGCCCAGAGAGGGCCCUUGACCUUGAAACCAUCAUGAGAAGUUUUCCUGGUAAUUGCCGUUGCUGUUCCCAACGUAUCGAACUCUACCGCAUGAGACAACACUACAAAACUUGCGAGAAGUACCAAGAUGAGUUUGGAGUUUCUUCAGCUGUUCCAACAUUCCAACUGUCUCCAGACUCCGUGGGCAACAGCAACAGCAACAGCAACAGCGAGGCAUCCACCUCAGGAAACGAAGCAAGGCAUCCACCUCAGGCUUACCAAGAAGAAGGCAACGCAAGCCCACCUGAUCAGCCCACCUUUGAUUGCCCUCUGUGUGAGGAAGUAAACAUGACCAGGCAGCAUUUGCUGGAUCACUGCAACAGCAACCACAGAGCUCAUGUUGUUCCAGUCAUUUGCCCAAUUUGCCUCUCUCUUCCAUGGGGCGACCCUACCCAGCUGACGAGAAAUUUCGUUAGUCAUCUCAACCAGAGGCAUCAAUUUGACUACGAAGAUUUCGUGAAUCUUCAGCUGGAUGAGGAAACUCAGUACCAAAUUGCUAUUGAAGAGUCUUUCCAUAUCAACAUCUAGAGAGACUCUCUUUAGCUCUACAAUUGUCCUAAGGGACAAUUUACAUAAAAUCAUCCUUUCAAUAACUUGAUGUGUUUUA